AUGCUUUAGUUAAAAUUCAAAAAAUAAUAACAAAAACAGAAUAAGAUUGAUAACAAAUUACUAACAUAAAGAAAUUAAGAAAAUGAUUAGAAAAUAGAAAUUUAAGACAUUAAAGAUCAUAAUGAUUUUAUGAUAAAUUUAGACAUGAAUUUUUCAAAUAAAGAACCUGAAGAAUCAAAAAGUAAUUAAAAUAAAAGAACUUAUUAAAAAUAAAAUAAUCAAUAUAAUUCUACUAUAAAAAAGAAACCUAUCAAAAUGAAUUUUUGUAAAUUAGUCGAAAAACAUAAAAUAGUAUAUAUUGAAGAUGAUUAAGAAGGAUUAAAAAGUGAUAAAAACAGAAAUACUAAUUGUAAUAUAAAGAAAGUCAUGGAUACAUAAAUUAAUAAUAUAAAUAAUAUGUCUGAUUCAUAAAAUAAAUAUUAAGCUUAAUUAAUAAUAAUAUUAUAAUAAAUAACUUUAAGAUAAUCAUAUUUAAGAUAGAGAUUAAUAAAAUUAAAGAGAUAAAUAAUUAUUAAAUAAUUAAGUCUAAUCAAUUGA